AUGGAGUCUUAGUUAAGCUUCAUUUGCAUCCGAUAACAUACUUUUUUAGAUUAGAAAUAUGUUCUAUAAUUGCUUCCAACUAAGAUUACUCUAAAUUAAGUAUGACAUGAAUAUAAUAAAGAUUGGCAAAGAACCUAAAUACAUAAUUGAAUUAGAAUUAAAUAAUACAAUUUCAUGGCAAUUAAAUCAAAUGAAUUAACUCAUAAGUUUUAGUAUAAUGUGGAACAAUAUUGAGAAACAAUUUCACUCAGCUCACGAGGAUCUGUUAAAGUUACGAUAAACUAUAAAAAAUAAAAUUAUGUUUUAAACUGUUCGGAAUCUUUACAAACCUAUGCAAUAAUUAGGAGAAGGAAAUUUUGACGAAGUAAUUCAUUUUUAGAAAAUUUAGGUAUAUUUAUGCAUUGACAGAAUUAAUGGUAAUUCAUAUGAAAUAAAAUGUCUAGCAAAAAAUUAGUUUGAAGAUUCCAUUGUAUUUAUAGCAUAUUUUACUUAAGACACGUAUUCAUAAUGAGAUAUCUUGUUUAACAAAUAUUAAAUCUGAUUAUGUUUAAUAGUUACAUGAAGUAUUUAAUGGAGAAAAUACUGUUUAUUUAAUUUAAGAGUAUUUAGAAGGUGUAAAUUUAUAUGAAUUAAUUAUGAAUGUUGCAUUAGAUAGGACUUAAAUAUUAAUUAUCAUGAAAGUAAUUUUAAAUAUCAGUAUCAUAAAGCAAUUGAUUACUGCUGUGAGAGAUAUUCAUUCCAGAAAUAUUAUGCAUAGAGAUAUUAAGCCAACUAAUAUAGUAUUCAAAAAUAGAGAUUCCAUAGAAGGACUAAAAUUAAUAGAAUUUCAUUUAGCUGUUUAUAUUGAUCCAUCAUAAGAUUUAAGAGUUUGUGGAACUCCUGGUUAUGCAGCUCCAGAAAAAUUCAAAGAUAGUUACAAUGAAAAAGUUGAUCUUUUUAGUGUUGGAUGUAUAUUCUUUAAAUUGUAUGCAUAUAUAUAUAUUAUUAUAUAUAGAGUUACAAGCAGAGAUUUAUUUCCUGGAAAGACAUCAAAUGAAAUUUUGAGAAUGAAUAAAAUUUGCAACAUAGAUUUAAAAAUUCUCUAAUUAUAUAAACUUUCUGCUGAGGAAACAGAUCUUUUGAUUAAUCUACUUGAAAUAGAUCCAGAAAAAAGAAUAAGUGCAGAAGCAGCAUUAUCUCAUCCAUAUUUUUUAUGUGACAAUAUAUAGCAAGAUUAAUAAUAAUUAGCUAAAAAAAAAUCUAUAUAAGGACCUACUACUAGUGAAAGAAGCAAUAAUUUAUUAUAAAAGGAAAUUAAUGAAAUUGAAAAAAAUCCAGAUGAAUUGUAAGUCGAUCAUGAAUCUCCUCACAUUAGUGCUAUUCCCAAUUUCAAAGUAUUAAAAAAAGAUUCUCAAAUUCAAUAAUCUCAAAUAGUAAGAAAGAAUUCAAAAUUAAAAAAAAGUGAAACUCAAGAAUAUACUUAAUUAAACUUUAAUAAGUCCAAAUACUAACCUAGAAAUUCUGUUCAUUAAACAAUUGUUUGA